AGCUCUCUUCUUUGAGCAUCUCUGCCCCCAUGCUCCAGAGCUUGGUAAUUAUCGAGAAUACAUUCUUUGGAUUUGUUGGAUCAAAUCCAAGCAAUGCAGAUGGUUGUCAAGUUGCAAUUUUUGGAACUAAUAACUUGAAGUCCUUUACUUAUUAUGGUGAUCUAGAAAAUGACUAAUGUAUUUAUAACUCACCCGCUAUAGAAAAUGCACACCUAGAUGUUGCUUACAAUGGCGGAAGAGGAAAUCUUUUUGCCCAUAAAGCAUAUAAACUCAUGAAUGGACUUGCUAAUGCUGAGAAACUAUUUCUUAAAGAUGAAAUCAUGAUGGUUCUCUCUGAUGCAGAAGAACUCCUUCCCCAUUUACCUAUGUUCCAGCGUUUAGUUUAUUUGCGGUUGAAAAUUCCAUCAGUGAAUUUAGAUUGUAAACCUCUAUUGAAGUUGCUGCGAUGCUCUCAUCAUCUCAAAACCCUUGAUUUCUGCGAGGGAAUAAGUCUUCUCUCAGAUUUCUCGGAAAAUGACAAUCUAAUGAACCCAGCACCAUGUUGUUUAUUGAAUGAGGUGAAGAGCAUUAAGAUUGAAAAGUUUUCUGGAAAUAAGAAAGCAUUGCAGGCAGUGGAGUUUCUGUUGAAGAAUGCAUUAGUGUUGAAAAAUAUGACCAUUAUUUGCAUUGCGAAUUCAGGGCGCCUGCAUGGGAAGGUGACCAAACUGUCAAAGAGAUUUCCAAAAGGGUCUGAAAGUUGUAAGGUAAUUGUUCAUUCGUCAGUCCUCUAACGGUAGCACUUUAUCCUAUCUGAUAGGUAUGUAGGAAUGGUAGAAUAAACUCUCAUUUCAGAAACAGAACCAUUUUGAGGCUGAUAUGCCUGGCUUUGCUUGUAGAUUUUAUCACUAACAUGGUAGCCUUCUUUUGCUAAGACCUCUCUUCUUGUUAAGAGAAGCCAAUCAAUAUUGUAUAGUUUAGUUUCUGUUUAUGAUAUCAUGGCGCCAUUCUCUUCA